AUAAACGGAUAAGGGCUUAAGGGAGACACAGAAAAAGGGAUGGCGGGGAGUAAAGCUUUAGCUUUAUCCGUUGCUCCUCUCACCCUCAGUGAAUAUUCACAUUCCUUUCCUUCUUCUUCUUCUUCGUCACUUCUUUCCCUUUCAUCCCUUUACAACUCCUCUUCUGCUUCUGGUUUCGGUGGUACUGCUCCUUUUAUUUGUCGGUCCUUCACCAAUGUAUUUGGUCACUCUUCCUCUGUCCCUUUAUUGCGUAAGAACAUAGCAGCACCACCACCUUCUCUCCCAUUCUCUUUUUCUUCCAAAAAGCAGAUUUGCAGGGCAGCGGAGUACAAAUUUCCGGAUCCUAUUCCCGAAUUUGCCGAAUCCGAAACAGAGAGGUUUAGAACCCAUCUUCAUAAGAAGCUGUCAAAGAGAUCCAUUUAUGGAGAUUCUGUACAAGAAGUUGUAGAAAUCUGCACGGAGAUAUUCAACACUUUCUUACACACUGAAUAUGGAGGUCCUGGAACCCUGUUAGUCAUCCCUUUCAUUGACAUGGCUGAUACUCUGAAUGAAAGGGGGCUGCCUGGGGCCCCACAAGCUGCACGCGCAGCAGUAGUAUGGGCACAAGAGCAUGUUGACAAGGACUGGAACGAAUGGACAGGUGGGGAUGCCAAUCAGUAGAAAAGCUUCCUUUCAGGUCUGAGGUGUGAAGUGCCUCCAAGUUUUGAUUUAUAGAGAGUAACUCAUAGGACCA